AUGGACUAUUAUUGGGACCUUGUUGACUUCAAACUCAAUCGCCGACUUCCCUCCGGUUUAGUCGAGUCCCAAACUAGGCUUGGUCCAGUAUUGUCCGGUUGCCAGUCGCUACCGCCUUCCACGAUGCAUUCCACUUUGAGAUUUCACAAUGAGAGGGGAGACCCUGAUAAAGAGACCGACAACAUUGUACGCCACCUUUUCGGCUUAGACAUGGUUGGCACGAGGGAAGAUCUCGAGGACACGAAUGCCCGUAUUAUGAAACUAUACCGCGACACAGUACAAGUUACCACGGAGUAA